CGCAACUCAAGAUGGCGGACGAGAGUGAUACAGCAGUGAAGCCGCCGGUACCUCCGCUGCCGCAGAUGAUGGAAGGGAACGGAAACGGCCAUGAGCAUUGCAGCGAUUGCGAGAACGAGGAGGACAACAGCUACAACCGGGGUGGUUUGAGUCCAGCCAAUGACACUGGAGCCAAAAAGAAGAAAAAGAAACAAAAAAAGAAGAAAGAGAAAAGCAGUGAGACAGAUUCAGCCCAGGAUCAGCCUGUGAAGAUGAACUCUUUGCCAGCAGAGAGGAUCCAGGAAAUACAGAAGGCCAUUGAACUUUUUUCAGUAGGUCAGGGACCUGCCAAAACCAUGGAGGAGGCUAGCAAGCGAAGCUACCAGUUCUGGGACACGCAGCCCGUCCCCAAACUGGGGGAAGUCGUGAACACACAUGGUCCCGUGGAGCCUGACAAAGACAACAUCCGCCAGGAGCCCUACACCCUGCCCCAGGACUUCACCUGGGAUGCCUUGGACCUGGGGGACCGUGGUGUGCUGAAAGAACUCUACACCCUCCUGAAUGAGAAUUAUGUGGAAGAUGAUGACAACAUGUUCCGAUUUGAUUAUUCCCCCGAAUUUCUUUUGUGGGCUCUCCGGCCGCCUGGCUGGCUCCCCCAGUGGCACUGUGGGGUUCGAGUGGUCUCGAGUCGGAAACUGGUUGGGUUCAUCAGUGCCAUCCCGGCAAACAUCCAUAUCUAUGACACAGAGAAGAAGAUGGUGGAGAUCAACUUCCUGUGUGUCCACAAGAAGCUGCGUUCCAAGAGGGUGGCUCCAGUCCUGAUCCGUGAGAUAACCCGGCGGGUGCACCUGGAGGGCAUCUUCCAAGCUGUUUACACUGCCGGGGUGGUAUUACCAAAGCCUGUUGGCACCUGCAGGUACUGGCAUCGGUCCCUAAACCCACGGAAGCUGAUUGAAGUGAAGUUCUCCCACUUGAGCAGAAAUAUGACCAUGCAACGCACCAUGAAGCUCUACCGACUACCAGAGACUCCCAAGACAGCUGGGCUGCGACCAAUGGAAAAAAAGGACAUUGCAGUAGUGCACCAGCUCCUCACCCAGUACCUGAAGCAGUUUCACCUCACGCCAGUCAUGAGCCAAGAGGAGGUGGAACACUGGUUCUACCCCCAGGAGAAUAUCAUCGACACUUUUGUGGUGGAGAAUGCAAACGGUGAGGUGACCGAUUUCCUGAGCUUUUAUACACUUCCGUCCACCAUCAUGAAUCACCCGACCCACAAGAGUCUAAAGGCUGCUUAUUCUUUCUACAACGUUCACACCCAGACCCCUCUUCUAGACCUCAUGAGCGACGCCCUCGUUCUUGCCAAAAUGAAAGGGUUUGACGUAUUCAAUGCACUGGAUCUCAUGGAGAACAAAACCUUCCUGGAGAAGCUCAAGUUUGGCAUAGGGGACGGCAACCUACAGUAUUACCUUUACAAUUGGAAGUGCCCCAGCAUGGGGGCAGAGAAGGUUGGGCUGGUGUUACAGUAACCAGUUGCCAGUGAGAUUCUGGAUAAAGCCACUGAGAAUUCAAACCAGGAAAUGGAGCCCCACCACUUGUUGGUCCAAUUUUCACAAACGUGAGAAUCCCUGGCAAAGGGACCAGAACUGAACUGGCUUUACAAACCGCCACUGAACUUGAUGAUUGUAUUGCAAUGGCGUAGGCUGCGUGAUGUCACCUCUGGCCGUGUCUCUGGUCUCCCUGUUUUCCAAUUAAUCACAUCAUUAUGCAGCCAUGAUCAAGGGAAUGUAACUGCUGAAAACUAGCUCGUGAUUGGCAUAUUAUGGAAUUAACGGGUGAAUAAUAAAAGUAUAUAUAUAUUAUAUAUAUAUAUAUAUAUAUAAAUAUUUUAAAUAUCUUUCAUGUUCCAAAUGUACAAGGAUGUUUGGUCUCUAAUGAAAAACUGAAUCCAGAUCAUUCCUCAAAAUUAGAAUCUCAGGCCAGUGCCAGACAAACACAUUGGUACAGUGAAUUGUUUCCUUCUGAAAGCAGGCAUUGACUUUUCUUGGGGGAGCAGGAGAAAGAGGAUGUGGGGAAUAUUAUCCAGUUCCCCUCUGAAUCAGCUGGAAUAUUGGCUUCAAGAAGGCGGGGUGGGGUGGAAGGGCCGUGCAACCUCUGGGGAGAGCUCGGCUCUCUUAGAAUGGCAGGUGGAGUCCUGGCUGGGGCUGACGCAACUCAGAGGUUUUCCUGCAGGGGCCACACCUUUUCUGCAUCCUGAACCUGGGCAGCGGGGAUGACCUGUGGAAGCGGGUUUCAUGAAUCCAGUCCCUCUUCCAAUCCUCUUGGCCUGCUCCCUGUAGGAAGUCAUCCUGCCAACUGAUUUUUAAAUCAGGGCUCGUUAGCCAGCUGUUGCCAACCUUAUGUUACGGGGGUAAGUCCCCUGUGAGAUUAUGUUUUUCCACUGCCUGGGGUGACUGGCAGUUUGAAGGGGACCUUUGACCUCCUUGUAGCAUCUGGAUCGUUGUGGAGACCACAUCAGUGCAAAUCCUGCUUAGCUCAUCUUAGAGCAAAGAGCCAGGAGGACCCUGAUGCCCCCAGGGUGGUUGGGCAAGGAUGGCGUGGGGCCGAUGAUACUCAGACCUCCAGCCACCAGCCCUUGGCCUGUGCCUUCCAACCCAUUAGCCAUCUCUCAUGCUCCUUUCCAAGACACACAGCCUGCGAGUAGCGGCAAGGAGUGGUGGUUAGACGCCGAUCUGGACUUGGCGACAGAAAUGAUUUCCUGUUGUCGUUGUCUGAGUCUGGUUUUCACUGAUGAUGUUUUGUGGAUUUUUGUGAUGGUGGUGGUGGUUGCUGAUGCUGCCGGUGGCCCCCAAAAUAAUGGAGCCUCUGGUCACAUGGCUGUCGUGUAGGCAUUCCUCAGUUGUGCUCAGCCAAGUGGCUUGGGGAGGAUUGGGCUGUGAAUUGUCCGCAGCAACCCAUGUCCAGGCUUGUGUGUAACUUUUGCUCUAGGAGGAGGUAAAUGGUGUGGGGUGGGGGGUUUCCUGGCUGCUUUCGCCUCUCAGCUACUUGUAGAGGGAAGGAAGCCUUAGCCCGCAGGCCCGUAGGGCUGUGUUGCAGGCUGUGGGUUUUGGUGAGAUAUGCCAGAGGCUGAUUCUGCAGGGUCCCCAGAGCUGCCCCUGCACACGCAGGGGUGCUGCCAGCUUCCCGCAGACGGCUGCUGGAGCCAGCAACUCCGCUGAUUGGCUUUUCAUCAGAGGCCUCUAGGGGCCUCCCUUCUCCUUGUCGUCCCUGUGCUGCAAACUGCAGGCACUGAUCAUGGCUGACCUUUGACUCCUUGACUCCGAGAUGCCCAGACCAAAGAAGCUGCUGUUCUUAGCAAGGUGUGCACUGCAUUCCACGGACGGCGGGAGUCAGAGAGGCAGGGCUCGCCCCACAGCCAUCGGACACACAGCACCCCAAGGCCCAGAGCAGCCCGCCCUGUGCAGGCUUCUAAGGAUGUCAAAGAACAGAGUGCCCAACUCUCCUACCUUGGGCAGGACCUGGAACUUGGAAAAGCUCCCUGCCACAGGCUUGGUCAGCUCGGGGCCAGGUCCCAGCCUGAGCUGCCUCUGAAAUUUGAGGUGCACGACAGCGCCGGGAGUGAGCUUUGCCUUGGUGACUGAAGUCAUGGAAUGGAAACUGUGAGGCCCGUGCCUACUCUGGAAGAAACAGAUUUCCUGGAGAGGUCCCAAUGUCUCCCUCCAAAACCCUGCGACUGCUCCUUGGACUCUGCCGUUGUCUUCUGGUAGGGACCCUGCCGCCUUCAGCGCCGCCCAGGUCUGCAGGAGUCGGCUCGGUGGCUGCUGUUAGUCUCCUUUUUGCCCAAACAGUCCCUGGGUUCUUCACUCAACUCCUUCCAGGACUUCAGGUCAGAGAGCUCAGAGAGAACCAGUGCUUGGGGUUUGGGGCCUUGCAGGAUGGUGGACCCGUGGCUGGCUUGAACCCAGCGAGGGAAAGGCCCCGGGGCCUCCAUACUCAUCCGUGGGGACCUGCCUUGGGCAGCUGCUCUUGGUGGGCUUCCCGGGUGUGGCCCUUGCCCUCUGCCUCCAGCGCUGGGCUCUCGGACUCCAUGUUCCAGAUGUUUACUCCUGCCUUUGGAUUGACUCUGCAUUUGACCCCUGACCCUGUGGCACAUUCCCACGGCCUCCUGUCUCUGUAAGGAGAGAGCUGAGGAGAAAGGAGGCCUCAGCUCUGGACUGAGGUCUACUCCAUAGGGCUCGUUUCCCCCACGCGUGCCCACUUCCAAAGACGCGGACGUCUGGUUUGAAGGCCAGCCCACACCAAGCCACUUCAACACCUAGGUUUAUGGAAAAUUUAUGGAAAAUUUCAGGCCUUGCCUGCAGCUCCCUUCUAACUGCCGUCACAUACUUGCUGAAGCCCAGGGUGGGUGUCUUGAAUUCUUUGCCCAAAGAUGACCCGAAGGCCUGGAUAGCUUCACAGAGCUACAGCCUGGGAGAGGGUGGUGCCAGGCCGGGGGAGGGGGGGGUGGGCAGGAGCAUAUUUCUGGCCGGUGCCUCCUCACCCAGGGGCAGCCUUCUUGAGGCCUGGCCCGCCUGCCCCAGAACCAGAGGAGAGCCAGGGCUGUGGUUUACUACUGCAAGGUGGCGGCAGGCCUGCAAACAGACCGUCCCUAGGGAGGCUGUGGGGAAAAUUUCACUCAAUUCAGUGCAAGAAUAUUGACUGCCUGCCGGCAGGGUGCCGCAUCCGGGAACAGGGAAGUGGGAAGCUUCACCUUUCUGUCUUGGCUUUUCUCCAGGCUGUGGGAGGGGCAUCCAUUUCCGGGGUGGGGGGAGAAAUGCCA